AUGGCAUUCCGGCUUCGUCCCCAGCCUGUCGACAUUCACGAUACUCUGCCCUGUGAGAUCAUCGACCACAUCACAUCUCUGCCAACUUCCGAACCUGGACAUGCGGCAUCAGACGAGCAUUCAUCGAAGCGCCGGAAGCUCGACCCAGAAAGGUCCCGCUUUUGCAUCGCGACAGGAGCCCUAUCUUUCCAGCGAAGGCUCCCCAGUCCCGAAUCGACACCCCGCGUAGUGGAGCGCUCUGGUGUCGGCACCUAUGUCCGGGCCUUCCUGGAAGAUCAAGAUCUCUAUCUUACACUGCGCCCAGUGUUGUCCGGGGACAGAUAUUUCAAGUUUAAGAUACCCCUCUUGUCGCAGCACAUCAGCGAUGAUGCCAGGAAAAUCCUUUCCAUCGACACGCCCGUGCAGACCAGCUCUCCUGGCACGGUCUUGACCAAUGUCGACGUUGUCAUGGAACUGAAAGGAACGUUGGCGUCAAUACAUCUCGACUUCCAGCUGUUCUGGAGCAUUACGCUUUCGCCAUGGGAUGGAUUCGGCAACAACGAGGGGUACAAACGCACAGGUUCUGUUAUCGACACUUUCUACCCUAUUUCUGAUGCGCCCACAGCCGCGCGGUCUCCGAUGGACUUUUACGAGUCUGCCUUUAUUCCAGACAAGCAGGACAGCUUACCACUAUCGAUCGAUAUUCCUGACAUGGAUGCCACACUGUUUCCGUACCAAAAGAGGUCACUUCAGUGGAUGCUGAGAAGGGAAGGGGUCCAGUGGACGGGUUCAGACAUAGAGUCGCUCCCGGGAGAGAUGCCUGCACCGCUAAGCGAAAGCUCACGAAUCGUCCAAGACAGCACUGGCCGGGACUUGAUUUUGAAUGACGUCUUUCACACCGUCUCUGAAAACGACGAGCCUUUUAAGCAGGUUGAGAGGUCUGUUCGGGGUGGAAUUCUGGCCGAGGAGAUGGGACUCGGCAAGACGCUCGAGGUCCUUGGUCUUAUCCUGCUGCACCGCCAUGAACAUGUGGAGAUGAAUAGGUCAACACCCGGUCUCAUUUCAACCGGCGCGACCUUGAUCGUUGCACCAGAAUCUCUGCGGCAGCAGUGGAUGUCCGAGAUAUCGAGACAUACACCUGAUCUGCGGCUUGAAUUCUACCAAGGAUGUAAGCGCGAGGGAGGUCAGGGAGAUGCGGUGGCGAGAAGACUCGCCCAAUGCGACGUUGUUGUGACUACAUAUAAGGUUCUGUCGUCCGAGAUACACUUCGCAAAGGAUGAGCCUGAACGUUCCCGUCGUCGGGAGCGCAAAUACGAGCGACCAAAAUCUCCCCUGGUCCAGAUCAUGUGGUGGCGGUUGUGCCUCGAUGAGGCCCAGAUGAUCGAGAACGGCUUCAGCCAGGCAGCAACCGUUGCCCGCACGAUACCACGCUUCAAUGCAUGGGGGAUUACAGGAACGCCAGUCAAAGACGAUGUCAAAGACCUCUAUGGCUUGCUAGCGUUCCUUCAAUAUGAGCCCCUCUGUUCCGCGCCGUUGCUUUGGCAAUCCUUGAUCAACGGCCACAAACCCAUUUUUCAGAAACUCUUUAACACAAUAUCGCUGCGACACACAAAGGCGCUGGUGCGGGAUGAAAUCACUUUGCCUCCUCAACGGCGCUUUUCCAUCAGCGUGCCGUUCAGCGCCGUGGAGGAGCAACACUACCAGUCUCUGUACAAAGAGAUGACGGAAGCAUGCGGGGUGGAUGGCGAGGGCAAUCCAGUCGUUGACGAAUGGAAUCCCGAUGAAUACGCAGAGAUUAUGAGAGUGUGGCUUGACCGUCUGAGGCAGACUGCACUCCACCCAGAGGUUGGAGCGUACAGCCGUCGCAUUCUGGGUCAGAAUAGGACUCGGCCGAUGCGAACAGUGGAGGAGGUCCUCGAUGCAAUGAUCGAGCAGAGCGAAAAUGCCAUCAAGGUGGACUACAGGAUGCUACUAUCCCACAAGCUUACACGGGGACAACUCUUUGAAAACUCUCCACGCGUCAAGGAGGCUGCCAUGAUAUGGGAGGCUGUCAGGAAGGAAACAGGCAGGAUGGUUGCAGAUGCCCGCGCCGAGUUGAAGGCUGCCCUAGGGGACAAGAGGGCCAACGGUGCUGGGAGCAGUGCUCUUGACAGGGUUGAGAAUUCUGGCGGUUCGGACGAUGAUGAAGGCCCAGGCUUGCAGGGCCGUAUUGCAGAGCUACGUCGCAAGCUACGGCCACCCUUGGAAUUGCACCACAAGGCCGUCUUCUUCUGCGCCAACGCUGUCUUUCAGAUAAGGGAUAAUAAGGAUAUGACGGAGCCGGAUUCGGACGAGUUUCACAGGCUCAAGAAGCUGGAAGAAGAAGGCUACGACGAGGCCAAGAAGAUUCGAAGGGAGAUUCUUAGGGAGACUCACCGCAAGGCAACGCAGCUCAUGAACCAGAUCACGCGCAAGGCCAACGGCCAGUCGUUUACCGAGGUCUCGGAGCUCGUUGUUAAGGCAGAGAGGGGCAUCGAGAGCGGCCGCAUCAUCGACAGCCUCGAGAUGCUGUAUGGGAGUCUCAACGACCAGGCUAACGUGAUUGAUGAAUGGCGUGAGCAUGUGGUCCAGCUUCUGUUGAAGCCCCUUCUCGAUGAAGAAGAGGACGUUGAGACGACGGGAGAGGAAAUGGGAGAUUCGGCAAAGAUCCAGGAAGAGCUCAUCAUCUAUUCGCAGGUCCUGCGAGUGGCCGUUGCCGAUCGCCAAGACGCCAUGACAGGGCAGACCAACGAACUCGCGAACCAUGAGGCUCAGGUGUCUAUACGCAUGGCCAAAAACGAUGAAGGGCCGAUGCCCGAGAAACUUCUAGAGCUCUUUACGCUACGAGACAAGAUCAAGCCCCAAUUGGGGCCUCUGUCUAUGAGGGGGGCUAUCAGCGAGCUACGCAGCCUGGUGAUGAGGCUACGCAAUGAGCCUAGCCAGACGGACCGUGUGCGCAUGGAGCUCAGCUUGGCUUCUAAACUGCUUUCCGAGACGCAAGCAGCGCUCAGCGAGCAAUUAAAAGCCUCGGCAUCCCUCGAGUCCGAGAUUGAGAGCUUCCGAGCAACGGUGAAUGCGCGGCUCGAGUACUACCGCCAGCUUCAGAGCGUUUCUGACAGCGUGCUGCCAUAUGAAGGCCCCAAGACCGAGGAGACUGCGACCAAGAUGGCCAAGAACGAAGAGGACCUCGAGCGCAAGCUCGCUGCGGCACAGGCCAAACACCGAUACUUGAUUCAUCUCAAAGAGGCAGGUUCCAAGACUAACGAGCCGCGGAUAUGUGUCAUCUGCCAGAUGCCGUUCGAGAUGGGUGUCCUGACCAUCUGCGGACACCAAUUCUGCAAAGAGUGCAUGAUGACGUGGUACAAGGCGCACCGCAACUGUCCCAUCUGCAAGAGGCACUUAAGCGUGUCGCAGUUGCACGACAUUACCAUGAAGCCUCAGGAGCUUCGCCUCCAUGGUGACGAGACGACGAGGGGCGAGAAUGACAGCAGCGAUGGUGGCGGUGUCGCACAGGGAGACAGUCGGGACGACGGUGACGGCAUAACGAAAAAGACGAUGAUCUAUUCGACAUUCAACGCUGAGAAGCUGGCAGAAAUCAAGAAUAUUGAGCUCGAGGGGCCGUCAUACACGACCAAGGUGGACACGUUGGUGCGUCAUCUACUGUGGUUGCGAGAGGUUGAUCCAGGGGCCAAGUCGAUUGUAUUUUCACAAUACAAGGGCUUCCUAAGCGUCUUAGCAACAGCAUUCCGACGAUUUCGCAUCGGUUUCGCAUCCAUCGACACGCAUGGCGGGACGACACGCUUCAAGGAGGACCCGUCAGUUGAGGUGUUUCUGCUGCACGCGCGUGCCCACUCGAGCGGCCUCAACCUGGUAGCAGCCAACAAUGUGUUUCUGUGCGAGCCACUGGUCAAUACGGCGCUGGAGCUGCAAGCCAUUGCACGCGUUGACCGCAUCGGACAGCAGCACGAGACGACGGUGUGGCUGUACGUGACGUCGGGCACGGUCGAGGAGAGUAUAUAUAAUCUCGGAGUCAAGCGACGGAUGGAGCACAUGAGACGGACGCAGUCGAACGGGACCAAGUCAAAAUCACGGUCCAAGGACAAGGGCAAAGGCAAGGGCAAGGACCCUAGGUCUAGGGGCUCGACGCCCGAGCUGUUAGAUGCCAACCUCGAGGCUGCCAAUACACUGGAGCUCGAGCAGGCGACACUGUCCAAGCUGAUGAGCAAGGACAGGUCGGCUGGAGAGAUGGUCGACAAGGGAGACCUGUGGGAAUGUCUGUUUGGACAUGUGGGUGGUUCGAUCAAUGGCAAGUCUUCUGCCAAGAAGCAUUGA